GUAAUGGACAGCAUAAAAAUGUGAUCUGAUGAUGUAACUGGAUAAAAACGUAUCAAAGUCAGUAGGAUUCAUCCUCUGAGGAACAUGAAGGUCUGAACCAACGAUCCACAGAGACACUCUGCUAGUGUGUCUAAAAAGGACAGAGAAGAAGAGACAGUCAUGUUAAUAUGAACAUUAGAGAAACAUCAUGGAGCUGGAAUAUGAAACUGGUUAAUAAUUUGGACUGGUUCACCUCAGCAGACGCUCUCAGCAGCAGACAGGUUUUUGUAUCACUCAGUUUCACUGUGGGAGACGGAGGUUACUACUUCAUCUUUGGCUCUGGAACUAAACUGGUUGUAACAGAUGAGCCGGUAGUGAAGCCCGUGGUGAGCGUGUACCCAGCAGCACCCAGAGCCCCCCUGGAGGGGAAGAGCUCCCUGCUGUGUCUGGCCUCAGCCAUGUUUCCUCCUCUGGUCCAGUUCUCCUGGAAAAGACGAAGGGAGGACGGUCCUCUGGAGGAGCUGCCCCCUGCUGAGGGAGAGCAGCUGGAGAUCAGAGAGUCGGGACGCACCGCCGCCAUCUUGAUGAUCCAUCAGCAAGAGAACAGCAUGUAUAAAUACCGCUGCUACGUCCGCCAUGAGGGGGGGGCAGUGGAGGCCCAAACAGAACAAGAGGUUCCAGCUCCAGCAGCCUCCUGUCCUCCAGAGAGAGAUCCACCAGACCAGCUAGCUCUGCAGCGAGCUGACUUGGUCUUCCAGGUGCAGUGCAGGGUGAAGUCGUUCUGUCUGCUGUACACACAGCUGAUAGUGAAGAGUCUGGUGUUCUGCUGUGGACUCUCCCUGCUGAUGAUCCUCAGAAACAAGAGACCGUCCACCAUCUGCAAAUAUGAAGACUGAUUUCUGCUCAUCAAUUCAUCUC